AUGCUGCAGCAGAUUCUCCGUGAUGCCUACAUUGACCCCGAGUUGCUUGCUGAGCUCAGUGAUGUGCAGAAGCACAUUCUCUUCUACAAAAUUCGAGAGGAGCAGCUGAGGCGCUGGAGAGAGUUUGAGGCCCAGGAGGCCCUGACUCAGAUGGGGGACCUCAGACCCCCCAAGACCAAGCGAGCUGCAAGUGACAAGCACAUCCAGUGGCUCCUAGGGGCAGAUGGCGAGGUCUGGGUCUGGAUCAUGGGAGAGGCGCCCGGUGACAAGCCCUAUGAGGAGAUCUCCGAGGAGCUGAUCACAGAGCGCGCGUGGCUGCAGGCACAGAGGGAGGCCAAGGAGCUCUGGAGACAGAAAGAGGCAGAGAUCACUAAGAAAUUCCGGGAUGCGCUGGCCAAUGAGAAGGCUCGGAUCCUGGCCGAGAAGUGGAAAGAAGAGAUGGAAGACCGCAAAGCUACCAAAGUUCUGGAGGAGCGGAUCCAUGAGGAGUUCAAGAGGAAAGAGGAAGAAGAGAGGAAGCGAGGAGAAGAGCAGAUCCGCCUCCAGGAGGAACGCAGGGCGAAAGAGCUUUACUGGACUUUGAAGCAAGCCCAGAUUCAGAGCCAUGCCAGUGAGAAGGAGGAGCAUGAAUGGGAAGAGCAGUUGCGCCGCUCCAAGGCAGCGGAUAAGGAGAGGAGUCGCCGUGCCCAGCGUGCCCGAGAUGAAUACUGGCACCACUCGCUACGCGCCAUCCAGAAGGGCACUGUCGCGGGCCUUAGCUCCAUGUUCCGGGAGCUAGGCCAGAGUCAUCAACAGGAGGCCAGAGGCUACCAUCACCUCUCAGGCUCUGGCCCACCGCUGCCUCCCACUGUGCCUGUCAGGGCCUGGGAGCGACCCUUGCGUCCAGUCUCCAGAGCAGUCAUCGUCCGGUGGUUUAAGGAGGAGCAGCUGCCCCGCCGAGCUGGCUUUGAGAGGAACACCACUUCCAUCGCCCCCUGGUUUCAUGGAGGAAAUUAUCACUAUUUCAGGGGGAGAGUUGCUUCAGGAACCCUGUGGACAGAGGGAAAACCCACCAGACUACCAUCUUUUGUUUGA